UAAAGAUUACGCUCCGAAGGUUCCCAGAAAGCCUGUCUGUGAUGGUAGUAGUAGUCGCAGCAACAGCAGUUACAGUACUUUGUCAGGUUGAUAACAACCACCAUAUUGGAACGCUUCUUAACUCUCCAGAGGCGCAUAUCAGCCCGGCUAUCUUUGUUGCCCUGUUUCAAUUAAUGAACUUGCUUCUUAGCUGUCCCAACUCACAGCUGACAGCCACUACCGUGAUCUUCUCUUGAAACACCUGGUAAGAGUUCAACGAUGGCAAACCGAGGCGUUAGCCUGGAUCCGCACAUCUUCACCAUUCGCGAUCUCAAAGCGGCGGCUUCUAAGAAGCUACCACGGACGAUCUCAGAAUACUUCAAUGAAGGGUCCAUGGAUCUUAUCACUUUACGGGAUAACGAGGAUGCCUUCGAUCGAUACAAGGUCCGGCCUCGGGUUCUGGUUGAUGUUACUGACAUUGACAUGUCUACUACGAUCUUUGGAACCAAGGUAUCGUUCCCACUCGGGUUUGCUCCGGCAGCCAUGCACAAGAUGGCACACGAGGACGGAGAGAUAGCGACGUCGCGCGCCGCAGCAAAAGCAGGCAUCUGCAUGGCGCUAUCUACUUAUGCAACGGCGUCUAUGGAGGAUGUCAUUGCUCAAAACCAGGACAACCCGUAUGCCUUCCAAAUGUCUCUUUACAUCAACAGAGAAGCCACCGAGAGAUUAGUCCGGCGAGCCGAGGCGGCCGGGUACAAAGCCAUCUUCCUGACUGUGGAUGCACCGGUCUUGGGAAGACGACUGAACGAAUAUCGCAAUUCAUUUGAGCCGCCGGAGGGCUUGACUUUUCCCAACCUCAGCUCAGACCCGUCCUUCAGCUUCGUGGAUGCCAGCAACGAAGGCUUAAUCAAUGACCGCGGAGUUACUUGGGAGGCUGCCGCAUCGUGGUUUAGGAAGCGGACUAAGCUGGAAGUUUGGCUAAAAGGGAUCUACACACCAGAAGAUGUUGAGCUCGCCAUCCGCCACGGGUUCGACGGAGUCAUCAUUUCCAACCACGGCGGGAGGCAGUUCGACGGCGCACCUGCCACUCUUGACGCGCUCCGAGAAUGCGCACCCGUGGCCGAAGGUCGAAUACCAAUUGCCAUAGAUGGCGGGUUACGUCGCGGAGCUGAUAUCUUCAAGGCGAUUGCGCUUGGAGCAAAGCACUGCUUUGUUGGCCGUGUGCCGAUCUGGGGUUUGGCAUAUAAUGGAGAGCAUGGUGUUACACUUGCUAUCUCUUUGCUUAUGGAGGAGUUCCGGCUUGCAAUGGCUUUAGCGGGGUGCCGAAGUAUCAGCGACAUACAUCGUGGCCGCUUGUCUAUAUUGGAGCCGAAUGGCGUUUUGAGUAAGCUCUAGUUGUCUCGACAUAUCAUUCUUGUAGUACUCUACCGCUUAGAUUUAGACCUUUUUCUACCUAAUGUAGACUACAUAGAUACUGGUUAAAUUACUCCUAGGAUCAUCUUCA